AAAAUGAAUUGAAAACAACUCGAUUUUAUAUUCUUAAUUAUACUACAAUUGUAUAAUUAAUAUAAUUACAAACCAUAGCUAAAAUCAUGUAUAAAUUGGUAACUCUGGUGGUUCUCAUUACAGUUUCGCAAACCUAUGCUGAGGAUGGUGUCUUUUCAUGGUAUGACGCACCUGUCGGUGCCCUAUCAGCCAGUUGUGAACCUUUCGAACCAAACGCCAUGACUGCCGCCCAUAAGACCCUACCGUUUGGGACUACAGUGCAGGCGUCGUGUAAUGACCGGUCUAUCAGCGUUAGGAUCAACGACAGGGAACCGUUCAUUGCCGGGAGGAUACUCGAUGUGACCCCCGCUGCCGGUCGUGAGCUCGGUAUCAUCGAUAGUGGACUCUGUGAGGGACACAUCUAAAUGAGUCUAUAGUUAAUUUGUCCUGCUUGCAUGCAUAAAACAUUUUUGUAUUUUUCAAUACAAGUAAUGGUUUUCCCAAUAAUAAAAAAUUAACAAUUGCUAUAUUAUUACAAA